AUGAAGACUCGCGAUGUUCAUUGGCAUCAAAAAGUGGGAAAAAAAGUCAGCAAUGGGAAGAGAUUUUGUAAGAGUGGAAAACGCAACACUCCCAGACGUCUCGCUUUAUGUAGACCUUUUUUUGUUGUUCACAAUAGAACGGAAAGAAAUCAUCAAAGGGAAAACCCUCCAAAGGGAAUUCUUUAA